AUGGAGACGACGAAGCGGUUUCAGUCGAAAGUCUUCUCAUCGAUCGUCUCGUUGAACAAAAACGCGAGUAUCGAAGAGGAUGAGAUCAAAGAUAAGAGAUUCCGAAUUCAUGUCAGAUUCAUUUCGGUCUUCAUCGCAAUUGCCGAGCUCUCGAUUCUGAUGUAUCAGGUUGCCAAUGGCUCGUGGUUCAACUCGGACAACUCGCUUAUCAUGAUUUUCGCCGCCGUCCUGCUCCUCGUCGUCAUCGUUCUUCUAUUUUUGGCGAUCUUCUAUCGAAUCGGCGCCCUUCUCGUGCCGCAUAUCGUCAUGCAGACGCUUCUUGUGCUCAGCCUUCUCGGAAUGGCCGCCUUCUCAUUGUACGCGUUGUUCUCUGGAGCUUCACUUCACGUCCAAUUGGUGAUCACGAAUCCCGACGCGGCCGCAGAAUCCAUGGUGAAACUUCCGAGUCCGUUGAUCAGCACCAAUGUGAUUUCGAGUUUUCUCUGCGGGACCCUUUUGUUGUUCUUCAUUAUGUACCUUGUAAUGGUACUUAUUAAUGUUUGGUGCCUUCGCGUUGUCGUUGAUUGCUACAAGUUUCUGACGGAGCAUCGCAUCAAGAGGCGAUCGUCGACGUCUGAAGAGGAUUCGUAUUGUGCGCCGAAGACGAUUCAAUUGUCGCUCUACCCGAACCAAGUCGUCCAGGCCACCGAUUUUUAA